AUGGCGGCUAGCAAGGCGUCCCGCAUUGGGGAAGAAACGCGGAUCGACAAGGUGAACGCCGAGCUAGUCACCUUGACGUACGGAACCAUCGUCGCGCAGCUAUGUAAGGAUUUCGAAGAUGACUAUCCCGAGGUCAACCGACAGCUCGACAAGAUGGGCUACAACAUUGGGUUGCGGCUCAUUGAGGAUUACUUGGCCAAGUCGAACACAAUGAAGCGCUGCUCCAACUUUCGCGAAACGGCAGACAUGAUCUCGAGGGUGGGCUUCAAAAUCUUCCUCAACAUUACACCGCAAGUGACGAACUGGACGGCCGACAACAACUCCUUUUCUCUGGUAUUUGAUGAAAACCCCUUUGCCGACUUUGUCGAGCUGCCAGACGAUGGAAGGGCGCAAAACGAGCUGUGGUACUCCAACAUCCUCUGUGGGGUCUUGAGAGGCGCCCUGGAGAUGGUUCAGAUGCAGGUGGAGGCGCACUUUAUCAGCGACGUCCUCAGAGGCAACGACACUACGGAGAUGCGGGUGACCCUGAUACGAUACAUUGACGACGAGUUGCCGCCGGAAGACGACUGA